UUACUUUAAAGUUUACCGGCAUUCUACAAAAUGCGUAUCAGUCGUAGGUAGUUUGCGUAAAAAGGCUCUCGGCACUUGCAGCAUGGCGCAGGAGGACGGGACUCGCCAAGUAAAGCAGCCAACAUGGCUACUGGCUUUACUCCUACUCAUCUCUGCUAUAGGCCCUGCUCAGGGAGAUGCGACGGAUGAGCCUGUCGUGCUGACCGAAGCCCCGGGAUUCCAUCGUGCUACCACGGAUGCGGAGAUGGCGCCCAUCUACAGGGACAACCUAGUGGCCGAUUUCGCACCCUGGAUGGGCAGGAAGUACACUGUACGGCAAUUGUACGACCUCAUAGACACGCUGCUGAAGGGCAGACCGCAAAAGUAUCUAAGUCUUGUCGUACUGCGGCACGGCAAGGUGGCUUUCCUGCCGCUUGCCGCUAGACCCAUGACACUUACCCUUAGUAGGAUGCGGGCCAUUGUGGGUGGUCUGCGUAACGCCACCGCCGCCGGGCUCAGCCUGCCCGACUCCCUCUUCCUCAUGAAUGUUUGGGACGAGGGGAGGUGUAGUUUGGGUCAGUUGGGGAGGGAGACAGGGGCAAGAGGCAGUAGCAGCAGCAGGGCGAGUCGGAGCAUGCUAAGCAGCAGCGUUGGCAGUGGCAGUGGCAGCAGCGGCAGCAACUUUGACAAUGAAGUUGAAGGUAGCACUCCGAACAUGAACGUUAGCGGCAGCAGUACCGGCCUUGGCAGUAGCAGCAGUCGCAGCCUUAGCAGCACUAGCGAGAGCACCAGUAGUAGCAGUAGCAGCAGUAAGAAAGGAGGCCCCGGGUGUCCAGUUCCCCUGUUCUCACUCAUCAAGAGCUGGGAUUACUCGAAGAACACGUCCAAGGAGGCUGACGUGUUACUGCCGUUCUUCAAUCACGUGUACGGCAAUCUGGUCAACUACCCCUGGGAGAAAAAGUACGACAAGGCGCUCAUGCGGGCUGCGUUACAGGCCCAGAUGCGCCCCAACAGCACGCGGCUGUGGAUCCUGCAGCUGCAGCGGAGUCACCCGCAGGGGCAGCGGCUGCUUGACGCGGGAAUCACCAACAACCUCAGCAAACGGAUGAAAGUGAAACUGGCCAACUUCGUGACCAUCCCCGACCACGCGCGCUACAAGUACCUGAUCUCCGCGGACGGGUUCACCGCCUCCUGCCGCCUGGGCAAGCUCAUGGGAACUAACAGUGUCGUACUCAAGGAAUCCACUCCCUGGGUCGAGUAUUACUACAGGUCGCUGCAGCCCGGGGUUCACUUCGUGCCCUUCACCAAGGACGAUGUACUGCAGGUGCUGACAUCGCUAGAGUCCGACCCAGCCCGCUGCCACCGCGUUUCCGCCGCCGCCCAGCAAUUCGCCUUCACCUUUCUGGGGCAGUACUCUAAGGCGUUGUAUGUACGGCAAGCGGUACAAAUGUACAACAGCUUGUUUGAAGGCGGUGGGAAGGGAGGGUUAGAGGCGUUUGUGGAGGGUUUGGGGGAGCUCGGGGAAGUGGAUGUGGGAGGGGAGGGAGGAGCAGGAGAAGCAGGGGGGCAGCAGCGGCAGUUGACGGUGGUUGAGCUGAUGACAAGGAUGAAGGCGUUUUUGGAGAAGGAGGAGAGAAGGACAAUGUGAAUGGAAGACCCUGUGUGAGCAGUUGUGUGGAGCUUGGGAGCAGUUUGCGGUUUCGCUGGGUGGCCCGCAUUGCUUCUGUGGGUGCGUGCGUGUGUACGGCGACAUGGGAAAGAUGCAUAUGUCCGGGAAUAUGACACCGGAAUACUCCUGGGAAAUUUAAACGGGAAUAUUCUAUUAGGCCAUAGUUUGUACAACCUGGUCGAUCAUACCCUUCAUACGCAUGACUAGGCGAGCAGCAUAAAUAUAUUGUUGUAACCAUUGUCAACCAGCCAGGCAUGUAACACUACCAUGUAUGCUGGGGAGACGCCUGGGCACUGCGCGGCACUCCUGGGCUGACCGGCUUAACAACAACAUUUGCAAAGAGGGUUUGCAGACCCCCGCUGUGGUUUCCAAUGGUUCGGUAUGGUCUUUGACCCACAAUGUGAGAGUGCAGGGACGCAUAACAAGCUGUGAUGGGC